AUGGAGCUGGCUAAUGAGGUUCACAUGGAAGAAAACAAUAUUAUCCCUGCUCCUCAGGGAUCCCCAGUCGAUUACCUGGUGGAUGAAAUCCCUCUGGACCAGCUGGUUGCUCCUGGUGAUGAAGGAUUUCCAGAAGAAGAGGCCCCUGAACAAAUGCAGCAUGACAAUGGCCCAGACAAUAAAAUUCAGGCACAAAUGGGUGAGAACCAGGAAGUACCAGAAGAACCAGAGGCACAAGGAGGAGGUAAUCAGGUAGUGCCAGAGGAAAAUGGGAUACUUGAAGCUAUGGUGGCAGAUGACUUUCAGCAAAUUCAGUUGCAGUCUCAAAACAAUAAUGUGCAGCUUGGUUAUGCGCUAAUGAGGAUUGAGGAGAGGGAUCUAGCUUGGUCACAGGCCAUGAAUGCUGAAGCAACUCGCCUAUGGGCCAGAUUCUUUUCAUCAGCUUGCCCAGAAUGUAACUUUGCUUGUUUGGUAGCUUCAGAGGAAGAUAGGAGCUGGAAAAAGGAACCAGCAAAGAUGUUCCCCCCAAAGAAAAGAAACUCCAAGAGAUCUGCUGCCCUAGUGGAAACUGAGAUGAAGAGAGUGAAAACUCACCCAAUUGCAAAGGCCAGAAUUGUACUCCAAGAUCCAUCACCAUCCCAAGCCCGAGAAGAGCAGCCCAAGCAUGGAGAUGGAGAGGAGGACAAAGCUUCAGAAGAAGCAGAUGAAAAGUUCAUCCUAGCAUCAAUGGGAAGAAACCAGAAUAUGACAGCUUUUGGUUUAGCCUAUGGUUUCUUCAUCUGUUGUAAAAAGUUUAUCUUCAAGUCUUUUGUCAAACUAUGGCUAGAAAAUGUAUUAGGCUGCUGGUUUGUAAGAUCAUUUUGGUACUUCAACUGGAGUUGGUUGUUUACUGUAAACUCUGUAGCUUGGAGCUGGGCUAGAGCUAUGUUUAAGUCAGAUCAGAAUUAUAUUUGA